AAGCAAGGUGGAACGAGGGGCGAGUGAAGAUAGGUGAUAGGUGAUGGAAACUCCGUAGAGACAGUGGCUGGUAACCAGCUAGUACCAACGAACGGUAGGUUCAGCGCAACGUCUAACACGAGUACCCGCUACUACAGGGGCGUUUCAACCCUUCCAAGGCUGUCUCUCUAACAACGUCACUGCUCUUCUGUACCUCCCACCACUUUUCUACCUCUGGCGUACCUCUCCGCCUCCAAUUUCGCAACUUCUGCAAAAUCUCGGGCAAGAAGUCGAGCGGAGGUCCUCAGUCAGUCGACGUUCGGCAGUCAAUCGUGGCUAAAAACCAUCGGUUCUAGUGGUUCCGUUGAAGCGAAUCUUUCGGCCACACCGAUUGCGUAACUGUCAUUUCUGAACAUCCGGGAUAUUAUCGCAUACUCCGGUUUCCUCAACUACGGAUUUGAAAUGUGUUGAAGACAUGGAGAGCGGUCCAGCUCGGGCUACUCUGAACGGCGUCUGCAGGAUGAGUGCUUCUCUGCCGCUGGUUCUCUUACUUGUCCUCAUCUAUGCAGCCCAAGCUCAAAGGAGUUUGGAGUUCUUUGACCUCUUGCCAGAAGAUCCAAAGUUAUAUGACAAGAUGCGGCCACCAAAGAAAGAUGGACAAGCAACUGUCGUCUAUUUUCACGUAACAGUAAUGGGUCUAGAUUCUAUAGACGAAAAUUCUAUGACAUAUGCGGCAGAUAUAUUUUUUGCCCAGACAUGGAAAGACAACAGACUGCGACUUCCGGAAAAUAUGACUUCGGAAUAUAGGUUAUUAGAAGUUGAUUGGCUGAAAAACAUGUGGAGACCGGAUUCGUUUUUCAAGAAUGCCAAAUCCGUCACCUUCCAAACGAUGACAAUCCCCAAUCACUAUUUAUGGCUUUACAAAGACAAGACUAUUUUAUACAUGGUGAAGUUGACGCUCAAACUUUCCUGCGCCAUGAACUUCUUGAUCUAUCCGCACGACACACAGGAAUGCAAAUUGCAAAUGGAAAGUUUGUCGCAUACCACGGAUGAAAUGAUCUUUCAAUGGGACCCUGACGUACCGCUGGUCGUUGAUGAAAACAUAGAACUGCCACAACUUCAGCUUGUGAAAAACUACACAGCUGAUUGCACGCAAGUCUAUUCCACCGGAAACUUUACAUGCCUGGAAGUUGUCUUCGUGCUAAAACGGAGGCUGGGCUACUAUCUCUUCCACACGUACGUUCCUACUUGCCUCAUCGUAAUCAUGUCGUGGGUUUCGUUCUGGAUAAAACCGGAAGCCGCACCGGCGAGAGUCACUCUUGGAGUGACGUCGCUCUUGACGCUUUCGACGCAGCAUGCAAAGAGUCAGGCCUCUUUGCCUCCGGUAUCAUACCUCAAAGCAGUUGACGCCUUCAUGUCUGUCUGCACAAUAUUCGUCUUCAUGGCCUUGAUGGAAUACUGUCUGGUCAACAUCGUACUCGGAGACAAUGACGCUCCACCAGCCAAACCUCCACCACCUCCUCCUCCACCAAGCUCGGCCAGUGGCCCGGACGCCACGAAACUCGACAAGAUCUUCGACAUAGCAACCAAGAAGUCAGCCGCAGCGCCACCCCCCGGACCGACGCCGGCGCAAAAGGCACGGAUGCGGGCCCUCAACGUCGACAGAGUAUCCAGAGUGUUUUUUCCGUUCCUGUUCGCCGUGCUGAACGUCACCUACUGGAUCAUGUUCGCCAAGUACAUCUAAUUGGAAGGCGCGCUUGUCACGACGCAAAAACAGCGAUCGCUGUUGCGUAGUCGAAUCCGGAACACAAUAUGUUUGCUUAAUGUCUCGAUGGGUGUAGAAAACCCUGCUGCGCGUCAGGAAGAAAUCACAAUAUUACAACUGCUUAAGAUGCCUGAUUUUUGCAAUUGCCAAUAGACAUGAGCAGUAAUAAUUCAUACGUGUCACAAGACUAUGUCGCACUGCAGCAACGGCUGAUGAGAUAUAGAUCUUUUUCCAGAAUCGCGUAUUUUGACAUGGUUGCGGGUUUUUUUUUUUUUUUUAGAUCACUUCCUUUUCAGACACAAAAUUGAAUUCAGCUCUUGCUUUUCAACUGUAAGUAUAUAUAUUAUAAUGUCGUACAAUUUGCUGACGACGAGUCGAAUUGGCAUUGAGCAUAUUAGUGAUUUAAAAUUGCUAAUAAUCAUUUUGAAAAAUCUUCGUAUUGAACUAUAAUGCGUAUUUAGAUCUCGGAAUUAAAUAAUAUUUGGUAUAAAUAUACUUUUAGCCCUAGAUUAGCUUCAAGUAUUCGAGUCCAAAGUGUCACGUUGUAUAGAUUAUUUGACAUAGAAUUAAGUGUGAUGUGAGAUGAAAGGUCGAACGACCCUAUCGAAGGGACAAUUAUGUUUGCGUCUUUUCCUUUCUGCCGCCUUUCUAUUCUGUAAUUUCUAUCUAUCUUUUCUUUGUUUUUAUAUAAUAGCGUCAAAUUCACUGUACCGUCAAAUUUGAAACACAGUACAAAUAUUUCUUCCUUUCCAUUCUCAUAAAUGCAGAUCAGAUUAUUUCUACGUAAAUGUUCAAGUUUAGAGAAGAAAGAUGAGGCAAAGAGAAAAAACUUAUUUGCAAAUGUAGAUAAUAGUGGUAUGUGUAUGUGAAUUAUGUAUAAUAUUAAUGUUAAAUGAUCGAUGACACUAAGUGAUUAUACAUAUAACGUAAUAUUAUAAUACAAAUACUAAACAGAUUGAAUAUACAACGAUUUACCAAGGUUUAAUACGUAUGAAAAUGACCGUGUUACGAGUAUACAAGUUUAUAAUUUAAUCGCGCUUUAAAUAUUCGAUUCCAUUAUAUCGUAUUGAAUUAAAUUAUACCUAUCUUCCGAGUGUGUGAAUUUUCAAGCGCAUAUACAUAAAGCCUAAGUAGACGUAUAAUGCUUAAUUAUUGCGAUUCGACGGAGUCCGCAAUAUCGUCGUAUCGUCAUCUGUAACUAUAUUAACACUCGCGCAUAAGCCAUUUCUAAAAAUGUAAUCUAUGAUUAUGUGUAUAUGUGUAAUGUACUCGUAUAUCUUAAUCAACGUACGUUGUAUCUUAAUAUACCUUUUGUAGUGUGCCAAUUGAACGCAGCUUAAUCGUUCGGAGCGAAAUCCGAAUUACUAUAAACUUACGUGCAUAAAACCUUAUAAUGCACCUGAAGAAAAUAAUCUUGACCGCAGACUCUGUAAUAAAUUAUUCAUUGCUCGAAGCUGAUAUAGUGAUAAAAUGAUGAAUUUAUUUUUUUUUUUUUAAUUUUUACUUUUAUUUUGUAUAAUAAUUAAGUACACAGCUCUUGUAAUAAUUAUAAACGAAAACACGUACUAGUGUGUGUUUAAUAUCUUGUACGGGCAUAAUUCUCGCUAAACGAUUUCAUGAUCAAUAUUCAUGUACACUUGUGAAAAUAUAUGUAUAAAUACGA